GUUGUGCGCAGGUGCAGGAAUAUUCGGGCAGACAGCGCAAGAUGGCGGUGGACUGGCUUGGUUUUGGCUAUGCGGCUUUGGUGGCUUCAGGAGGUGUGAUCGGUUAUAUUAAAGCGGGUAGUGUGCCUUCUCUAGCAGCUGGCCUGUUAUUUGGGAGUGCAGCUGGACUUGGGGCCUAUCAGAUUACUCAAGACCCCAAGAACAUAUGGAUGUCUCUGAUUGCUUCAGGAGCACUGACUGGAAUAAUGGGAAUGAGAUUCUACAAUUCAGGAAAAUUCAUGCCGGCAGGGUUAGUCGCUGGAGCAAGCCUUCUGAUGCUUGGAAGACUUGGUCUAAAAAUGUUUGAGAAACCCCACAAAUCAUGAACCAAUUUCUUUUCAGAAAGAAAAUUUUGUAUACAUGCCUUUUGAAUCAUUGGUUUAAUUUUUAUCAUUUGAACUUAGAAUGAAUCUUAAACUGAAUCUGAACAGAAUUAAAUUCAAUAAAUCUCUUGAUUCAAAGAUUC